AAAUCUGCGAUCCGUCAGAAUUUACCAGGCCGCUCAGUUGAUAGUACCGGCGCAGCACAGCCGGGCGGGGCGGGGUUUCUGGUGGACCUGUUGUGCGGCUCACGACGGAUUCACUCCCGGCAGUCUGGAAGGUUUUUACGCGGACUAUCAGCUGAGAUAGGCUUAGAACAAUGUGUCGUUGACAAUAGUGGGAUUACAGCCGCCCACAGCUGCGAGCGCCCCGCCUUCCUCACUCUCCCCAUCUGUCUGUGGCGGCUCGCCUCGCUCUGUUUCAUCCACUUCUUCUCGUCUGCUGCUCGGAGGAAUGAAAGAACCAGUGAGUGUCUGCUGAUUCAAAUAAGGAGGAGGAGAUAUGCUGGUCUCCUUUAACCCUGGGUCACUCCUCCUCCUCCUCUUCUUCCCCCUCCUCCUCCUGGCUCAGGCCUCAUCUGUGCAAUGGGUGACCCUCCGCGGAGCCCCCCUCUCUCACCUGAUGUUGGAUGCAGAGACGGGGCUUCUGUAUGUAGGUGGAGUGGACCACCUUUACCAGCUGAGCUCAAACCUGGAGCUUAUGUCCCACGUGAAGACCGGACCUCAUCUAGACUCUCCCAACUGCCUGCCCCCCAUCACACCCAAAGACUGCCCCUCAGCCCGGCCGACACACAACCACAACAAGCUGCUGCUGCUAGAGCGGGAUGAUAGGACGGUACAAGGCAGCGUGAUUGUUUGCGGAUCGUUGUACCAGGGCAUCUGUGAAAAGAGGAGUCUGUCCAACAUGUCACAGCUGUUGUACCAGUCCACUAACCCGGUGGACACGCAAUUCGUCGCUGCUAAUGACCCCCACGUCUCCACAGUGGGCAUUGUGCUUUCCACUACAAGCGUAGCCGGCGAAGAGCGGCUGCGGUUCAUGUUGGUGGGACGGGGUUUCACCGGGAUGGGUCUCGGCGACAUCCCGCCCAUAACGGCACGCCGACUUCACCCGGCAGUCCUUUCUCAGCGGGUCUUCGCUCAGGAGGAUGAGCUGGGCAAGCUGAUCAUCGGGAGCUACUCCGAAUACGACGUCCAUUUUGUCAAGGUGGUCACCCUCAACAACCACGUCUACUUCCUGUUCUCGAGGCGAGACGUGCGCUACAAGAUGGAAUACCGCACCUACAUCUCCCGCCUCUGCGUCUCCGAUCGCAACUUCUACUCAUACGUGGAGGUGCCUCUGCUCUGCCAUGGUGGUUACAACCUGGCUCGGGGGGCGUGGCUAGGGGUGCACUCAGGGAAGCCCGCACUCUUCAUCAUCAUGGCGGCUGGGUGGACAUCCACUUCCAUGGCCAAGGAUAUAUCUGCGCUGUGCGUGUUCGGGAUGGCGGAGCUGGACGCCAUGAUGGAGCGGGCGCGGGAAUCAUGUUACACCAAAGGAGGCCGUGAUGUUAAAGGGCAGGAGGAUGCUUACGUGGUGUACUCGCUCUCGUCAACCUGUCUCACUCUCCCCCAGGUGUCCGUCUCUGAGUAUCCAUGUGGGUGGGAGCACACGCCGAGCCCCAUUGGCAGCGUAGAGCCCGUCAUGGCAACGCCUACUUUCACUGCCACUACCCAGCUGACCGCGGUCGCCACAACAACAGAGGCUGGACACACAGUGGCCUUUGUGGGCGACCGUGAGGGACGUCUGCACAAGGUGCUUGUUUGGGCCAACGGUUCUGGCGAAGUGUAUGGAAGCGUGCUUGUAGACGGCGGCAGUGCUGUCAAUGCUGACCUCCUACUGGACUCCAACCAGCAAAACCUUUUCGUCCUAACCAAUAGCAGGGUGUCAAAGGUUGCCACAUCAUCAUGUGAGCGGAACGAUGACUGCCAGUCCUGUCUGGCUACGAGGGACCUCUACUGUGGCUGGUGUGUCUUGGAAGGAAGAUGCUCCCGCAAACACGAGUGUCAGCGCCACCGUCAUGCCCAUCACUGGAUAUGGAGCUUUGAAUCGUCCAAUCAGUGCGUGUCGGUACAGAGCGUGCAGCCAGCCAAUCAAAGCAAAGACGAGCAGACUCAGGUGACGAUGUCCCUGCUCCAGCUCCCAGUCCUGUCAGUAGCAGAGUCCCUUUCCUGUGUCUUUCAACAUCUUCCUCCACAGUCAGCCGUCAUCACCGGAACUAGUAUUAGCUGUCAAUCCCCUGAACCGGGGCUUCUCCCACCUCUGCCCACAGGAAGCGAUCACGUGAUUGUGCCCGUGUCGCUGACAUUUGGUAAUGUGACCAUCAGCACGGCCAACAUAACCUUCUAUGACUGUGGAGCUGUCAGUCGACUCAACCAGACUUCCCAGUGUCUGGCAUGUGUCGUCAGUGUGUGGAAGUGUAACUGGUGUCCCCUGGACCAGCAAUGUACGCACCUCGACCAAUGUUCUAAUCAACACACCCCGCUCAACCAGAAAGAUUCUACUGGUCUAGGUCAGUGUCCUCAAGUUUUCGGACUUCAGAGUUCUGCCUUGGUUCCAGUGGGCCUGACAAGUAGUGUGGUUCUAAGGGCCCACAAUUUGGGCAUAUUCAAGGAUGAGGCGCCAUAUAUGUGUGUGGUGGAGAUCGAAGGCGUCCUAGUCAACCUGACAGCUAUUGCCCAGAAAGCCAAUGAUGGCACAUACUCUUUCACCUGCAGCUCCUACCAGUUUCAGUAUGCAGUGAGUCAGCUUGUUUAUUCUGCGCCUAUCUUUCUGAAGAGAGGAGCGAGGCGUAUCGAUACUUUACCUGGUCUUCAACUCCACUUGUACAACUGCUCAGCUGGCCAAUCGGAUUGCUCGCAGUGCCGUGCCGUGCCGAAGGAGUACGGAUGCGUGUGGUGCACGGGAAACUGCGUCUACAACCAAUCCUGUGUUGGCGUCCCUGCAGACAGCUGCCCACCUCCUCAGAUCUCACAGGUAAGCCCCCUUUCUGGCCCUCUGGAGGGCGGAGUCUUGGUGACCAUCAGUGGUUCCAACCUGGGGAUGAGCUACCAGGAUGUAGUGGGCGGAGUCACAGUGGCAGGUGUGCAGUGCCCUCCCCACCCUGAAGGUUACGAAAUAUCUACCAGGGUUGUGUGUAAACUGCAGGCCAGUGAGAAAAAGAUGACGGGACCUGUUGUUGUUACUGUGGGAACAAGCCCGCCAGGCAGGUCCAAGAGCAACUUCAGCUAUCAGGACCCACAAAUUCUGGCUGUGUUUCCUGACAGAGGCCCGCUUUCUGGAGGGAGCAGGUUAACAGUGAAAGGUCGACAGCUGCUGACAGGCCAGGCUUCCCAACUCCAAGUCUUUCUGGGAAGAAAGCCAUGCUACAUAGUGGAGCAGGUCAGCGACACCCUGCUGGUGUGUCAGACUCUCUCCACUAAUCAGACGGGCAGAGUUCCAAUCCGUGUGUUGUUCAGCAAGGCAGAGCGUUCUGUUCCUAACGUGACAUUCCGUUACGUCGACGACCCGGUCAUCACUGAAGCCGUGCCUACAGAGAGCUUCUAUGCAGGGGGGCGUGUCAUUGUGGUCAGUGGCCAAAACCUAGAUGUGGUGCAACAGCCAAUCAUGUCCGUGUGGGUAGAGCCUGUGGACGUCCAGAGAGUGAGACGCAGAAAACGCUUGGCUCUUCUUAGCACUAAGCAGCAAGUGGUCUUCAACGGCACCAUGACAACAGUGUCUGAGCACUGCUCUGUCCUGUCAUCCUCUCAAAUGACCUGUCCAACCCCUUCAGUUCCCCCAGAGGUUAAAGUGAAGGGUGUCUGGUUUCAGAUGGAUAAUGUCCGUAUCCAUUACAAAAGCCUCAAGGACAAGAGUUUCAGCUACUAUCCCAACCCACGCCUCUUUCCGCUCAACCGGGAUGCUCCAGAUGCUCCAUACCGCUUCAAAGCAGGGGGUGUAAUUGCAGUGGAGGGUGAGGACCUGACGCGAGCGAUGUCCAGACAGGAAGUAACUGCUCGCCUUGGAGACCAAGAGUGUGAGGUGAAAACCUUGGACAGCACUCACCUGUACUGUGAGCCUCCCGAAGUCCAACCAAAGAGUGUGGAUGACAGCAGUCGGCUGCCCCGUCUCCAGGUUUUAAUGGGUAACCUUCAGGUGGACUUGGGAAUGGUGCAAUACGACAGCGACUCUCUGCUACCUCCCAUUCCACUGGCUGCUCAGAUUGGAUUGGGGGCAGGAGCUGCCGUCAUCAUCCUAUCUGUGCUCAUCAUCAUCCUCAUGUACAGGAGGAAAAGCAAGCAGGCGUUGAGAGACUACAAGAAGGUUUUGUUGCAGUUGGAAACUUUGGAGAUCAAUGUGGGCGAUCAAUGUCGGAAAGAGUUCACUGACCUGAUGACAGAAAUGAUGGAUUUAAGCAGUGAUGUGGGAGGACCAGGCCUCCCCCUGCUAGACUAUCGCACGUAUGCAGAGAGAGUUUUCUUCCCCGGCCACCAAGCGGCACCGCUUAGCCGCCACCUUGACCUGCCAGAGUCCAGAAGACACACGGUGGAGCAGGGCCUCCAGCAGCUCAACAACCUGCUCAACAACAGACUUUUUCUCACAAGGUUCAUUCACACUCUUGAAGCACAGCAGGGCUUCUCACAGCGGGAUCGUGGCUACGUGGCAAGUCUCCUGACCAUGGUAUUGCAUGACAAGCUGGAGUAUUUCACGGAGGUCAUGAAGUGUUUGCUGCAAGAUCUGGUCCAGCAGUAUGUCGCCAAGAACCCCAAACUCAUGUUACGAAGGACAGAGACUGUUGUGGAGAAGAUGUUGACCAACUGGAUGUCCAUCUGCCUCUACUCCUUCCUGAAGGAAGUGGCAGGUGAGCCACUAUAUAUGCUGUACAGAGCCAUAAAGUAUCAGGUUGACAAAGGUCCAGUGGACGCCGUGACAGGAAAAGCCAAACGGACACUCAACGAUAGUCACCUGCUGCGAGAAGACGUCGAUUACUGCGCUGUGACUCUUAGUGUGUUGUUGAAGAAUGGAGCUGAAGUUCAACCCUGUCCUGUCAAAGUGCUCGACACUGACACCAUCACACAGGUGAAGGACAAGAUCCUGGAUCAAGUUUACAGAGGAGUUCCAUUCUCUCAAAGAGCAGCAGCAGACAGCUUGGAUUUGGAAUGGCGUUCGGGUCAGGCGGGACACCUGACCCUGUCAGAUGACGACGUCACAGCUGUGGUUCAAGGUAGCUGGAAACGACUCAACACACUGCAGCAUUACAAGGUUCCAGAUGGAGCCACGGUUGCUCUCGUCCCACGUUCCCAGAGUUCUAGUGGCUCUCGAGUCAAUCAGGUGUUCCAGACAGGAGAGAAAACACCAAUGCUGGAAAGUGAAGAAGAGGAGGGGCUUCGAUUGUGGCAUUUGGUAAAAAGCAGUGAAGAUCCGGAGAUUCCCAAACACAGGAAGAGCAGCAUGAGGGAGAGAGAGAGAGCCAAGGCCAUACCGGAGAUAUACCUGACCAGACUAUUGUCCAUGAAGGGGACUCUGCAGAAGUUUGUGGAUGACGUCUUUGUUGCCAUCCUGAGUACAAAGCGUCCUCCUCCCAUUGCUGUCAGAUUUUUUUUUGACUUCCUGGAUGACAUGGCCGAGAAACACGGUAUUGAUGAUCCGGAGACCGUCCACAUUUGGAAAACGAACAGUCUUCCUCUCAGGUUCUGGGUGAACAUCCUAAAGAACCCCCAGUUUGUGUUGGAUGUCCAAGUGACGGACAGCAUCGAUGCCGUACUGUCUGUCAUUGCUCAGACCUUCAUCGACUCGUGUACCACAUCCGAGCACAAAGUUGGGCGGGACUCUCCUGUCAACAAAUUGCUUUAUGCCCGGGAAAUUCCCCGAUAUAAACAGCUAGUAGAGAGGUAUUACAGCGACAUCCAUAGUGCUGCCUCCGGCUGUUACCAGGAGAUGAACUCCACUCUGACUGAACUGUCUGGGAGCUUCACUUCUGAGAUGAACAGUCUUGUUGCACUUCAUGAACUCUACAAGUAUAUCAACAAGUAUUAUGACCAGAUCGUCAUGUCUCUGGAAGAAGACAACUGUGGUCAGAAGAUGCAGUUGGCGUAUCGACUGCAGCAAGUCGCCGCACUGGUGGAGAACAAGGUCACUGAUCUCUGAUCACCGCAGAUGGACCCUCUUUUCCACAGGCCCAGAAGAUUGCAGGGAAUAGAGUGUCAAGAGGGGACCUCCUCUUGAGAGAAUCAAACACUGAAGAGAGCGAAAGUGUGAACGAGUGCGAAUAUACUGUGUGUGCGUGUGUGUGAGUAUAAAUUCAGACUCAGGAGACACCGUGUGUCAUGAUUGAAGAAUGUGGUGCUUGAGAGCAAACACUCCAGCUUGCACUACAUUUCCCAGAGUUCUUUGCAACUCAUCAAAGCACAAGCGAUGGCAUAUGUUCAGUUGAUACAUAUGCUGAAUCCAAUCAACCAAGCAAUCAUUUAAUGAAUCAGGAAUAUUCAACACAAUUGACACAUUGAUCACAAAAUCAAGUGUAUUUCUUGAUAAAAACUGACUCCAAGUCCAUCCUGGCGGAGUGAAACUGCCGUUGUCGCCGAACAAAUAAAGCUUUCUGUGUGAUUGACUCGUAUGAAACCAAUGAGGAGGUGUCGGGUGUGCACGAGCUCCGCCUCGAGCUCAGACUACGAUGAAACAAAAAAAUCCCACUGAUCUCCGACCUGCUGUGUGUUAGUCGCUUACUAACUUAAUUGUGUGUACAUACUGUAAACCUUAUUUAAGCCCUAUUUAUCCCAGCUGUGCCUUUGACUCUUGCAGCUUGGUGGUGCUGUGAUAGCAGCAAAUAGUAAAAUAAAAAGAGCCGGGAAAACAAGAGUGGCAACAAGAGUCCGAGGCUGUGCUCGCAGCAUCUUAGAAGUUGUUGUGUGCUGUUGCAUUUGAGAAAAUGCAUGUGUAUGCCAGCAGCCGAUAGCGAAAGUGUGUAAUACAACGAAAACAUCUCGAAUUCAGGAUUUUAGCAUAUCAGCAUUUUUUACGUCAAAUUUCUUUUAUUCAAACUCUUAUCACGGAUUUAGCUCUCUGAUGCUACAAGCACAUACUAUGUUACACUAACUGUUUGAACAACAUGCAUGUAAAAUUUGAAAUCUUUAUCUUCUAGUAUCGAGCAGCUGUAGUGACUGAAGUCAAAUGUCCAUAAAUAAAAAAAAAGCAAUAAUAUUAACCAUUGUGAUGAUGAUAAGCACACUGCUCUUUUUAGCGUGGAUCACACAAUGAGAGUCAUGUGACUAUCAGUGUUUUUACGCUGGGUUUUAAUGUACAUAUUCUUGUUAUUACUAAUCUUUUUAUGAAAACAAAAACUGACGUCAACAUUAUGACUAUGACGAUUUGUUCUUGUGAUGUUUGUGACGUGUGUCUCUUUCUUUGCUCGUUUUGGCUUGUCUUGUACUUUGAACACUAUUGAGUUUGCAUGUGAGUGAUGAUACUGAAGAUUUAUGAUGCAUUUGGGGAACAAAGACAACGAUGAGUGUGAUGACACAUGUUUAAUGGGAGGAAGCUGCUGAUAUUUGUACACUUUUGAUGAGAUGAUUCUCUGCUCUGAUUUGUUAUUGAUGCUUUUUCUACAAGUGAUGAACUAGAUUAUUCCAUUCAAGCACAUACAACUUUUUUACUGACGGUGUGACAUCAAAACGCCGUGUGGCACUGUUUUAUCAUGACAAAAACAUUAAAGUCUAAUUUUUAACAUGCA